ACGACCGAGGGUCAACGUUGUCAACAAAGAUGGCUUUCACACCAUCGCGGACUCCACCCUUACUCCACUUCCGCAGCGACGGGCAGGUAUAAAGGGUGCGUGAACGAGUCUGUUUUACCCACAAGUUCUGCUCUUGCCUGUGUCACGGUCUCCUUCCUAUUAUUUGCUUGCUCGAUUUGCGCUUGCGCUAGCCUCAGUCUUUCCUCCUACCCGUCUUUCACUUGACUCUUUACGAUGAUGUACUUCAAGGCCAUUGUUCUUACAUCUCUGCUCGCCUCCGUCCACGGAGCGCCGAUGUCUCUUAGCGCAUCUGGUGCCUCCAGUGGCGCGGCGACGGCUACAUCCAGCCUCUCUGCUGGACCCUCGGGUGGCUUCCCAUCGGGCGGCCCGUCUGGCUCUGCGUCUGCCUCCUUCCCAGGCGGCUCCGCUGGUCCUUCUGGCGGUCCGGGUGGUCCUUGGGGCCCGCCCGGCGGCUGCGGCGGUGGUCAGGGUGGCCCUCCGGGCGGUGCCUCCGGCUCCGGCGGCUUCCCAUCCUCCAGCGUUGCGUUCCCAUCCAGCGCUGCCGGCCCAUCUGGGUCGGCUAGUGGCUCGGCGUCCUUCCCGACGGCUAGCGAGUACGCGCGCUUCGCUCGCCGCCAGGAGGAGUCUGGUAGCGACGUCCCGUCUUCUGCUGCGAGCAGUGGCUUCCCCUCGGGCUCUGCGCCCGGUGGUGGCGAAUCUGGCAGCUUCCCUACUGUGACCGGCUCGGGCUCGUUCCCGAGCGCAUCUGCCUCUGGUGGUCCGGGCGGACACGGUGGCCAUGGCGGGCACGGUGGCCACGGCGGCCAUGGUGGAGGCUGCGGUGGCGCGAGCAGCGGCUCCGGCGGCCCCAGUGGCUCCGGCUUCUCGUCUGCCCUUCCAUCUGCGUCCGCCUCCGCGUCUGACUUCCCUGGCUCUGGCUCCUCUGCCGCAUUCGCUCGUUUCGCCCGCCAGCUCGAGUCCUCUCCUCCCUUCAACCCGUCCGCCUCUGCCUCCGGCUCCGUUGCCGGUCCCGCCAGCUCUGGCUUCCCCGGUGGUGAGGGUGGCGAAGGCGGCUUCCCCGGCGGUGACGAGGGCUGCCCGCCGCCCCCUCCCGAGUGCCCGCCUCAGGGUGGCGAGGGUGGCGAGGGUGGCGCCUCUGGCUUCCCCAGCGGUAGCGGCAGCGGCGCCGGCUUCCCGACCGGCAGCGGCUCUGCCUCCGGUGCAUUCCCGACCAGCUCGGGUGACGCUUCGUUCAGCAUCGAGACUGGUCUUCCCUCGGCUUCCGCGUCGGCUUCAUCUGGCGCGCCCUCUGCCAGCUCCUCGGCUGAGGGCAGCUCCUGGAAGUUCAAGUUCUUCUAAGGUAUCCGUCGGUUGACGAGACUCGAAUGUUGACCAUUAGUCUCAUGCCUUUGACGACAAGGAUUUGAAAGCGUCGCCCGUAGACCGUGGCACGUUAAAUUAUUCUAUGUAUUGUGUAGGAUGCGUGCAUCUACACCUGUUGUCUGCCGUCCAUCACGAAUGAAGUGGUCGUUCGUAU